UAGUUGGCGCAAGGUUGUUGUCGUCAGUUGGCUUCCGCUGUCUGUUAGCCAAACGGAGGACUGCCGGUUCUAGACCCAGAGAAGUUUCUCUGGCGCUUCCUUUAGCUGGUUGUUUGUGGUGCGGCGGCGGUUGCGAUGGGCUCCCGGGCGUCCACGCUGCUUCGAGACGAGGAGAUUGAGGAGAUCAAGAAGGAGACGGGCUUUUCUCACAGUCAGAUUACUCGUCUGUACAGUCGGUUUACCAGCCUGGACAAAGGAGAGAAUGGCACUCUUAGCCGUGAGGAUUUCCAGCGCAUUCCAGAACUUGCUAUCAAUCCACUAGGAGACCGGAUUAUCAAUGCCUUCUUUCCAGAAGGAGAAGACCAAGUAAAUUUCCGUGGGUUCAUGAGGACUUUGGCUCACUUCCGACCCAUUGAAGAUAAUGAAAAAAGUAAAGACCAGAAUGGGCCAGAACCACUCAACAGCCGAAGCAACAAAUUGCAUUUUGCUUUUCAGCUGUAUGAUCUGGAUAAAGAUGACAAGAUUUCCCGAGACGAACUUCUUCAGGUUUUGCGGAUGAUGGUUGGGGUAAACAUCUCUGAUGAACAGCUGGGCAGCAUUGCUGACCGAACAAUCCAGGAGGCUGAUCAGGAUGGUGAUAGUGCAAUCUCCUUUGCAGAGUUUGUCAAGGUUUUGGAGAAGGUAGAUGUAGAGCAAAAAAUGAGCAUUCGAUUUCUUCACUGAUGGAUCAAGGCCCAUUCCUUGUUAUCCUGAUAUUUAAGGAAUAGUUUGUCCUACCCUUCUUUCUCCUGAGCAUUGCUACUGGUGCAUGUGAGGUACAUCUUCAAACCCUCCUCAGUUUGUUCCAUCAACGUGAACAUUCCUUCUGCAUCAGAACAAAGGACGUGGCUGCAGUGCAGCUUGGAAUGGAGCAUUGAAUGGCCUUUUCCUCACAGUUCUCUUUGCAUUGCUUUCUGACUAUAAAUGUUUUCCUCGUAUUACCAUGUAUUUCCUCCUCGUCAACCAUCUUAUGAACUCUGAAUUUGAAAGAGGGCAAAUUUCACUGAACUGUUGGCUAGGAAAUGUCUGAAAUAAUGUACAGUGUAAAUCUGGUUGAUUUAGUAGUACUCAUGUACUUCAUCCUGUUUAGUCUUGCCAGUGUAACAGAAAUUUCCCUUUUCUUCCUUGGUUUUGUUUAAAUAUAGUUGUCUGUCAUGCUGCCUUCGGAACGUUUCAAAACAAUAAUGCAAGGCCAAUGGUUUGUUUUCAGGAUGAAGGUUUGGAGGAUCAUAGCCUCCAAGUGUGUCAAAUGUUUGUCCACAAGAAUGUGGGAUUCUGCCAAGGGCUUAACUCCAAUUCUGAGAGCACAAUUACUGGGCACUGCUUGCAGUGGUUUCAUAAUCUGGACUAUUUCUGUACUAGUAGAGGGUCAGUGCCUUUCUACUAUCCUUCCCCCUAGCUGUUUAUUGUAGAAUUAUUUGGUCUGAAUCAGGGUUCUCUGUAACAGGGAUUCUCAGUUGUUGACCACAAUUUACAUAAUCCCCAGCCAAAGGACGUUGCAGCUUGGGAUGCUGGGAGCUGUAGUCAACAACUUGGGAAUCCCUGUUACAGGGGACAUUGGUCUGAAUUAUUCUGUCAGUUUUCUGCUAGUUCUUUUGUCUAUUUAAUCAAUAACUUUGCAACACAUUUGUUUGCACAGCUGUCUUAUUUUUCAUAUUAAUCAUAUUACACUAGGCCACAUGGAUUUUAAGUCUCUGGCAGGCAUGUCAAAGCCCAGGCUGGAGGAAUGGGAGGAGUACCCUGUAAGUUUGGUGGGAACACUGAUGUUUUUAGGAAAGUAUUUAGCAUAUGCACAGCUUAUGAUUUAGGAUGGUAUUUAAAAUACAUUUUACUCCAAGAAGACUUGUAGAUUAUUUAACAUUGAUAAAAUAAAUUUUGAUACAGCUUCAGAGCAGUACAAACCUGAGGGAUCAAAAGUAAUGAAUGUGUUGAGCUCUCCAGGCUCAAUUGCCUUUGCUGUUUGUAGACAAUUCUGUUGCACUAAUCAAAGUAGCUGUUUUGGUGGUGCAACUUGAGUUGACAGUGUUAAUCUCCAAAAUGUACAAAUAUUUUAUAAAAGUCAGUGUUCAAAUGGCCCUCUUCUCCCUCUACCACAUACUUUCACAUCAGCAUUUAUGUAAGUAUUGAAUAAAUUUUAUCCAGUUCACAUCUUCUGUUCACAAUUCAGUGAUCUUUCAGAGCUGCACACUAUUUUACACUUUUAAAAAACUGCAUUAAAAAAUCUAUUGCUUUUCCAGACUAAAAAUAUAAAAUUGGUCAAAUCUGGGAACAAUCUUAAAUGGUGAUCUCUGCAAAACAAAAACAUCUUAGGAUUUUGAUCACAAUGUAACAUAGGAAUUUUAUAAAGAAAAAGAAAGUGACAGUAAGACCAAGAUGUUAGAUUUUUAUAGGUUAAAAUGUGCUUAUUUUCAAAUAAGCAAUGUUCCUUUUUGGCUCUGUAGCUGUAAUCCACAGUUGUGCCUUGUGAAAUCUAUUGUAUUAAUCAACAAUCCAUGAAUAAAAUCCUUCAACAUAG